GGUCACUAGUUCUUGGAAAUCGCUUCUGGCGGAAGGAUAUGAUUUUUCUGUGCGCGACACGAGCAGGUGUAUGACGUAAAACAGUCGGUCAAUGCAGUUAACCGUCCACCAUCAGAAAACCUGAGUAACACGUCUCAUACCUAAAACACAGCCGCGGUAUUUACGCAAUUUCAUCACGCGGUGCAGCUGUUCUUGGAUGAGAUUCAACAUGACAUAGGGGUCUCUGGAAUCUGACCUGACCUGCUUUGAACGGUCUCCUCUUUUUAGAUGCCAAAGAAAAAUUGUUCAAACUCUACAAUCAUGUCAAGUAGUUAUACUCCAGGCCCUGGGGGCCCUUUUUCGGCGCUCACUCCAAGCAUGUGGCCUCAGGAGAUCUUGGCGAAGUAUUAUCAGAAAGACCCCAGUAUGGAAUCAGAAAUGCAGUACGAUGAUUUUGGGUUCCGGAUUGAUAGUGAAGAUGGGGGUGAGACACGAAAAUGGUUGCGUGGUGAAGGAUCCCCCCAGAGAGAAGACCCUCAGCAAAGACUUCGCUGGCAGGCCCACCUGGAGUUCACACACAACCACACUGUAGGAGACCUGACGUGGGACAAGAUCUCUCCUACCUUGCCCCGGUCAGACCGUCUUCGGACUCUCGUGCUGGGGGGGAUACCGCACAGCAUGAGACCACAGUUGUGGAUGCGUUUGUCUGGGGCCCUGCAGAAAAAAAGAACGUCUGAAAUUUCCUACAGAGAAAUUGUUAAAAACAGCUCGAAUGAUGACACCACAGCAGCCAAACAGAUAGAGAAAGAUCUCUUGCGGACGAUGCCCACUAAUGCAUGCUUCAACACUUUGUCUAGUGUGGGGGUGCCAAAGCUCAGGCGGGUCCUGAAAGGGCUGGCGUGGCUUUAUCCAGAUAUUGGCUACUGCCAGGGCACAGGCAUGGUGGUCUCGUGUCUGCUGCUGUUCCUAGAGGAGGAGGAUGCUCUGUGGAUGAUGUGCGCUUUGAUAGAAGACCUGCUGCCUCCUUCGUACUUCUCCUCAACUCUACUGGGUGUGCAGACCGACCAGCGGGUGCUCAGACAGCUCAUAGUUCAGUAUCUGCCUCGCCUGGACAAGCUGCUGCAGGAGCACGACAUCGAACUGUCUUUAAUCACGCUGCACUGGUUCCUCACUGCGUUCGCAAGUGUGGUGGACAUCCGUAUCCUGCUGCGAAUCUGGGACCUGCUCUUCUAUGAGGCCUCUAUAGUGCUGUUUCAGGUUACACUGGGAAUGCUGAAGGUCAAGGAAGACGAGCUCGUGUCCUCUGAGAACUCGGCGUCCAUCUUUAACACGCUAUCAGAUCUGCCCAGUCAGUUAGAGGAUGGGGCUGCAGUGCUGGGAGAAGCCGUGCGUCUGGCAGGGUCUCUGUCUCAGGAAAGCCUGGAUGCACACAGACAUAAACAUCAAGCUUAUAUUCUGGCAGAGCAGGCCCAGCUCAACACCAACAACUCCCAUUCCCUCAACACAAACCUCAACAAGGUGGUCCGCAGACAGAGCCUGCGCAGGAAGUCCACCCUGAGCUCGCUUCUGUUCGGGGAGGAUGAAGUUGAGGCACUGAAGGCCAAAAACAUUAAGCAGACAGAGCUGGUGGCAGUGCUGAGGGAAGCUAUCGGCCACACAGCUGAACAUUUUCACUGCCUGGACCCACGCAACAGCAGCACUGAUUUGACACCUGACUACUCUAUGGAGAGUCAUCAAAGGGAUCACGAGAACUUCCUGGUUGUGUCUCGGAAUCGACGGAGACGAGCCAAAGCCUUAUUGGACUUUGAACGGCAUGAUGAUGAUGAACUGGGGUUCCGGAAGAAUGACAUCAUCACUAUCAUCUCACAGAAAGAUGAGCACUGCUGGGUGGGAGAGCUGAACGGUCUGAGAGGUUGGUUUCCUGCUAAAUUUGUGGAAGUCCUGGAUGAAAGAAGUAAAGAGUAUUCACUGGCAGGAGAUGACACCGUAACCGAGGCAGUGAAUGACUUGGUUCGGGGGACAUUGUGUCCUGCACUCAAGGCUAUUUUUCAGCACGGAUUGAAGAAGCCCUCCAUAUUGGGUGGACCAUGUCAUCCUUGGCUCUUCAUUGAAGAGGCGGCCAGCAGAGAAGUGGAGAGGGACUUUAACUCGGUAUACUCCAGACUGGUGCUGUGUAAGACCUACAGGUUAGAUGAAGAUGGAAAGGUGCUCACACCUGAAGAGCUGCUUUAUAGAGCAGUGCAGUCUGUCAACAUGAGCCAUGAUGCUGUACAUGUUCAAAUGGAUGUCAAAUUCCGCUCUCUCCUUUGUGUGGGAUUAAAUGAGCAGGUGCUCCACCUGUGGUUGGAGGUACUAUGUUCCUGCAUGAGUGCCGUGGAGAAAUGGUACCAUCCCUGGUCUUUCCUGCGCAGUCCUGGCUGGGUCCAGAUAAAGUGUGAACUCAGAGUUCUCUCAAAGUUUGCCUUCAGUCUCUCCCAAGAUUGUGAGCUGCCUACCAAAAAAGAGAAGUCAUCCAUUCUGAAAUCUGAAGUGGUGGAUGUCUUGGUCCAACAUCACCUCUUUAGUUGGGACCUCUAGGAAAACGAGCAAAAACCUCUUAAGGAGGGUGUUCAGGACAUGCUGGUGAAGCAUCACCUCUUCAGCUGGGAUAUAGAUGGCUAGACCACCGCCUCUCAUCCAUAUCCUGUGAUGUACAUGAAUAGCCAAAUCUCACUUUUUUUCCAAAUCAUCUGCAGAAAUACAGGGACCAGAUAUGGACAUUUAUUUGCUGUUCAUUUACAGGUUUAUAUCACAUUAAAAUGGUGUUUAUGUGUCUUGGUACAUUGUAUAUGCAGAGGGCUUUACUCUUCUGACAUUACUGUCUGUAUGUAGAUGUAAACAAGGAACGCACCUUUUGAAACCAAACUGAGGAAAGGGCCUGAGUGAUCUACCUGCUAUCACUUCCUCUUUCUCUUGAAAGAUAGAUGUUGCACCAUUUGGGCAGGAUUACAGAGAUCACAAAUGAAUGUUAGACUCGCACACCUUGUCUGUUUACUCAUGCUAUAUCCAACAAUUAAAAUCUUAAAAAGUUAAGAUCUUCCAAAAAAGUUGGACUCGGCAAUCACUCUGUGUUGUUUUAGUGUGACUAAAUCAGCUCCUAUCAGUAAGCUCAAAUGAACAUAAAAUGACAUCAAAUAAAAGCGAGUUUAAUAAUGGAAGGAGUUGUGAAAACUAAUAUACUGCAAUUGGAUCUCUGUGUCUCAUGUCCCAAGUUUAAAAACACCUGUGAGCUGUGAAGGAUGAGAGCGAUUCAUUGUUGGCUGGUGUGACAGUGCAUCAGAUGGCAUGCAAAAAGUAAAUACUACUUUUGUAACUUUAUGUAAAUUAGAUGAAGGUAUCAUUAGAAUGUGAUAUUACCGUGCAUUACUCAUGAAUUGCAGGCUUUAAGUCCGAAUAAAGUAGCAGAAUCUCUUCUGCAACUUUAUGAAACGCAACAUCACUGUAAUGAUUCCUUUUAGUUCCUGAAAAGGCUGCUGACCAGAAAAGUCUAUGGUUUGGCUAAACUUGCAGGGCUUUUGAUCAUAUUUACAUGCACGGUGUAUGUAAAUAAAUCUAUAUCUGUCAGA